UGAUGCAUGUUGUGGACAUCGAUAAUAAAUUUAAAGGCGAAAAACACCAAAUUGGCAUAUGGCGUGGAGAUACGGCAGACUUGCGCCAAUACCAGUUUGCUUUCAUUAACUCUGACGGGCGUCCAAUCCCAGUACCUCAUGGUGUUCAUAUUUAUGGGGUACCACGUCCAGAUGGAGGUGGGACAGCGGACGAGGCACUGUCUAUUGAAAGGGCCUGCAACCUGGAGACUGCUGAUAUAUGGAGUGAAGUUUUUUUGGCACCUGAGGGUGCGGUAUAUCGCGUAACGGGAUUGGGGGAGGUUGUCCAUUUUGCAGUCCCCAUACAUGAUGUCUUUGUCCUCGUUCCCUUGAGGACCUUCAAUAGGACUUUGGAUGUCUCGGAGUUGUUGACAGUCGUAAAGGAGGAAAUAAACUCAUUUUCGCCGAGCGUGAUAGUGAUAUAUGAUCUACCAAUUUUUAGGAUUACUUGCGAGGAUAAAGGAAGUUGAACGCGUAGGCCCUGGGCAGCUGGUAUCGUGA